AUGCCAAGGCAGGCGGGAUCCUCGUUGGAAGUCAUACUACCAACCAACACGAUCCCUUCGUAUGAGCAGCGCGUGAUCGGUAAAGCAUCAAGCAUACCGGGAGUUGAGGAGUUCCGCGGGAUCCCGUAUGGGACUGUGCCGGCAAGAUGGCAACAUGGAUUGCUUCGGGACCGACUGCCCCUGGACAUCUUUGAUGCCACUAAAAAUGGUCCUCGCUGCCCACAGCCUCAAGAGCCCAACAACAGCGACUUCUAUCAGUCGUAUCUUGAGUUCCCCAGCGAUGUCACAGAGUCAGAAUUUGACUGUCUCAAUCUGUUCAUCACAAGACCUAGUGCAUCAGCGCUCGUUGAAGCCGGUAUUGAUCCCGAGACUGCGAGACUGCCGGUCUAUGCGUAUAUCCAUGGCGGAGCUUACAGCUUCGGUGCAGGAACCGAUCCCAUGUGGGAUCCCGCCAGACUCGUGCAGAAGUCUGUUUUAUUCGGCACCCCGAUGGUGGUUGCCACCAUCAACUACCGGCUGAACAUGUUCGGCUUUGCAGCAUCAUCUGAAAUUAUUGAUGCCCAGCCAGAUGGCCAAAUGAAAGGAGGCAACUUUGGCUUAGGAGAUCAGAGAAUUGCACUCCGUUGGAUUCGGAAUAACAUUGCUGCCUUCAGUGGUGACGCAGGCCGCGUCACAGUCGGUGGCCAAUCUGCCGGUGGAAGCUCUUCGCAUGCCCAUGUUCUGGAGGCAAUCCUGAGUGAGCGGGAGCCUUUGGUCCAGCGUGGGAUUAUCCAGUCAGGGGCUGUCGGAGUUCUCGGGCCUAUCAGUAUGGAAGAUACGAAUAAGCGAUGGGAUGCACUUUGCAAACAGCUAGGAGCGCCUGAUAGUGAUGCUGCCUCGCGCAUGGAAUAUAUGGCUACAGUGUCACCAGAGCAAAUUCUCCAGGCAAACAGAGAGUUGGACUGGAUGGUUUCCCCUAUUGUGGUAGACAAUCUGACUAUAUCAGAACGGCCGAAUGGUCGUUGGAAUAUCCAUCUGGAUGGGAAUGAAGAACCAGUGGAGAAAGAUCAGUCUGCUCAUAAUUCCGCACCUAUUGCUAUUCUUAUUGGGGACACAGAUCUUGAGGGUACUAUGCACUAUUCUCAGGUGACUGAAAUUAAAAGCUUUGAUGAGUUCAAGGUCCUUCUAGAGGCCAACGUUAGCUCUAAGGACUUUUUGGACAAAUUUUAUCAGGUCUAUAGCCUGCAAGAUGACAUGGCUUUGGCGGACUUGCACAAGCAAAUAUUCCAGUUCUUGACAGAUAUACAAUUCGGGUAUUGUGUCCAAACCGCUCGAGAAGAAUUGAUGGGCUGGGAGCCAUCAGCCCAGAAGAGUGCAUCAGAUACAACAAGCGCCCGUCCCACAGCGGUUCAAUCAUACCGUAUGAGUGUGGGAAACCCAUUCCCUGGCAUCAACCACGAGAAGGCCCAUCACUGCGUGGAUUUGCUCUACAUAUAUGACUGCUUUGCAGAUGCAAUGCGUGCAGUUGAUGAAACCCUACCGGCAGAGGCCACCGCAAAUGCUGCCCUAGUGGAUCGUGUACAAGCCGAUUGGGUCCGGUUUAUCACCGCUCCGUCACCUAGUGACCAGCACGAAAUGGCGACCGUGUAUGGUGCCGACAGAACUGCCUCAGUGGUUGAUAUGGCACUGGAUCAGACGUGGGUCGAGAGGAAGAGCAGAAUGGAUUUCUUGCACAAUUACCAGCUUGGUGCGCAGCAGACGAUCCGGGCUUUAAUUGGCACUCAACAUGUUUUUUAA